UUUUAAUGACGACACCCCAACGUUACGCCGCCAUUAUCAGAAGACAAAAAGAGUACUCUUCUGCAGUACACAUUUUCAGAGAAAAAGAUGGCAGACGAUUUGGACGUAGAAGCUAUGUUGGAGGCUCCUUACAGGAAGGAGAUGUCCAUAGUACCACUUCAUGUACACAACAAGUGUGAAAUUCCCAUGCAAGUAGAAAGGUACUGAUGGUUGUACACCUCAGAGUCCAAGAAGCCGAUGUUCACAAUUAUUUUUGCAUUUCUUUUUAAUAUAAAUUAUUUCUAACGUAAAUAUAUCUUUUGAAAUGAUAAAUGUUUGAUAAUUAUUGUUGCAAUAAUUUGUGAAAGACAACUGAAUUUUGCCCCUCCCUCUCAUCAUAGGGUUGGCAUAGCAACAGAGGACUCUUGCCAGCUAAGGGAAGACAGAAGAGAAACUGAGAUCGGCUCUGACUGACGAUGUACUAAUUUUGCACCCCUAUCUCAACUCUUUUUGUUGUGUGCUAGUAGGAAUGAGAGCAAACUUUUCUUUAGAAACAGCAUUCUACAGACUCGUUAAGUUUGAUAAUGUCUGGGAAUGUUAUUUCCAAUAUAUUGAGAAAAGCAGGAAUGAAAGACUAAAUUGUUUCCAUAGUUAUUUUUGACUUUUGUGUUGAGAAGUACAUUCCAUUCCAGAGGUGUCUAUGAGAGAUAGUCUGAAAGAGUGGUUUGUGAGACUUUACUUUGCAGGUGUAUUUUUUCAGAUUUGUUAAUCUCAUUGGUACGUAAAACUUGAUGUUGUAAUGUAUAACAAGCUUUUCAAUUGCAAAAGUUUUCAAAAAGGAAGCAAUUUUUCUAAAUUUCAUUUUCAUCCACACCCAUAGCAUAUUGUUGAAAGCAUAAAAGAUAAAAUCAAACACCAAAUGUUUUCAGAUGCUAGUCAUUUAAUUAAUUGUGAAAUUUCAUAGGAAAUUUCUGUCAUGCUGUUUCAGCCUGUUUGAUAUUAAGUUUUACUGUUGUUUGGAUUAGUACAUCUGCACAAUAAUGGUACAAACACAAUAUCUGUAAACAGAAGACUGUUUCAUAUUAUUGAAAAGGUGGUGUAAAAAUUUAUAUUCUAUUGGAUGUAUAGCUUUCUGUGUAAAGAAAUUUAUGGCAAAAAAAAGUUGCUUGAGGAACAAAACUAAAAGCUUCAGAUAUUCAGUUGAAAAGCUUGUUGAAUUAUGGUAAGUGAUCAAUUAUUUUGAUGCCUACUAAUGCAUUGUUUUGUCUUUCUUUUUCUCCCUUUAUUUUUGACCUGGUGUGUGACUGAUUGUUUGUUUGGGACCACAGGAUGACGGAAGAGGAGAUGCUGAUAGAGAUAGAGAGAAGAGGUAAUCUCAAUUUGUGGGUCCUAUGAAAGGGGGAUGUAUAUCUUGGCAUUCUAAGCUGUCGAAUUAUGUCAUUUGUGGAAAGAAAAAAGAGAAGUGGAAGCAGAGACAAGGGUCGUGACAAGGACAGAGACAGGGACCGAGAUAGGGAUCGAGAACGUGACAGGGAUCGUCGUAGGAGCAGAAGUCGAGACCGUCAUAGGGAUGGAGACAAAGAAAGGCAUAGGGGUCAUGAUCGACAUAGAGGGCGUGACCGAGACAGAGAACGACGAGAAAAACGGCGUAGUAAAAGCCGAGAAAAACGCAGGAGGAGUCGAAGUAAAUCAAAAGAACGCAAGAAAAGUCGAUCCCCAGAAAGAGAAAGAAGACAGAGAAGUAACAGCAAAAGCCCCAUGAGAUACACAAGGCAGCCAGGUCCUGAGUUAACUCCGGAAGAAAGAGAUGCAAGGACUGUUUUCUGUAUGCAGCUCUCUGCCAGAAUUCGCCCAAGAGACCUUGAAGAAUUCUUCUCCUCUGUGGGAAAGGUCAGAGAUGUGAGACUAAUCAUGGACAAUAAAACAAGGAGGUCAAAAGGCAUUUCUUAUGUAGAAUUCCAGGACACUGAUUCUGUACCAUUAGCCAUUGGACUUACUAAUCAGAAAUUACUGGGUGUUCCUAUCAUAGUACAGCACUCUCAGGCUGAGAAAAACCGAGUAGGAAACCCUACAAGCAUCUUAACAAAAGGAAAUAUUGGACCUAUGAGGCUGUAUGUGGGUUCUUUACACUUCAACAUAACAGAGGAAAUGCUCAGGGGAAUAUUUGAGCCAUUUGGAAAGAUUGACGACAUUAAAUUGAUCAGAGACCAUGAAACAAACAGAUCACAAGGAUAUGGUUUUAUAACAUUCCAUGAUUCGGAAGAUGCAAAGAAAGCUUUAGAGCAGCUCAAUGGGUUUGAGCUGGCUGGCCGUCCAAUGAAAGUAGGCCAUGUGACGGAGAGACAGGGAGAGAUCCAGGGGGCUUCCAUGUUGGACAGUGAUGAGAUGGACCGGGCAGGGAUAGACUUGGGAGCCACUGGUCGCUUGCAGCUGAUGGCUAAAUUAGCAGAAGGCACAGGUUUCCAGAUACCUGAGUAUGCUGUGUCAGCACUGAACAUAACCCAGCAGGCACCAGGAGUUGCUAGUGCUGCACCCCCUGCUGGACCAGCCCCUAAUGUGUCGGCUAUACUGGGUAGUCAGGCUGCUGGACAAGAUAGCACUGCCCCUCCAAUAGCUACCCAAUGCUUCAUGUUGUCCAACAUGUUUGAUCCUAAUGCAGAGUCUCGGUCAAGCUGGGAUCAGGAAAUCAGGGAUGAUGUGAUAGAAGAAUGUAACAAGCAUGGUGGAGUCCUACAUCUGUAUGUAGACAAGGCUUCACCCCAAGGAAACGUCUAUGUCAAGUGUCCCACGAUAUCAGCAGCUGUUGCCUCCGUUAGAGCACUUCAUGGGAGGUAUUUUGGAGGCAAAAUGAUUACAGCGGCCUAUGUACCCCUCCCAAACUACCACUCCCUGUUCCCUGACGCAGUGAGAGCCAAUCAGCUGCUGCUUCCGUCGACCCAGGCGCUACAGGCCGGAUUCCCCAGCACCAUGUUCCCCGCCAUGCAGCCUGUCAUCAGAUAGCUGUGUGUGUUACCCAUCCAUUUUAUCAAAACGGAUCCAAGUCAUUACAGAAGAGAACUGUACACAGAAUGGACCUCAUGUGGUCAUUAAUCAUCUAAUAAAACUGGGGGUGGGGGGUUAUGUCAUCAUGAUCAUUUGUAUUGAUUGAAUCUACAUGGUAUUAUGCUCAUGGUUUGUAAACUAAUUUUACAUUUUCUUGAUGAACAAUUGUAUAAUUGAUUCAGCUCUGUAUUGUUUUAAUGUGAUUUUACCUUUAUGAGGCUCACGUUUAACCCAACUUUUAAUUAAGAUUGGGAGACGAUCAUCGUAGUUGAAAUUCAGUCAUCUACAAAAUGAAUGAUGUGCAUUCUAAAUCAAAGAUGAAUCAGCUGGAAUAUCUUUUAUUAUGGAAACCCAAUGGAAAAUAAAAAAUCCAAAAACUA